AUGUCGCCGGCGGUGUUCGAUUGGCGGCCCGCUGCAAGAGACCUAUCAUCUUCCACAGUUGAGAAACCCAAGACCAAGCACCGCACAUCGCAGGGACAGACGCCCAUCAUGCGCAUCACACUAAGCAUAACGAACCCCGAGGUUGAGGACCAAGACCUUCUCACUCUGGAGAUCUUCCCCGACAUGCCCGUUUCCACCCUCCGCGAAGCCAUCCAAGCCGAGACUCAGAUACCGCCUACGUCUCAGCACCUCUACCACAACGGCCGUCUGAUUCAAGAUGACACUAAGACUAUGGAACAGCUACAAAUUGCUGACGGCGAGAUGUUGGCACUGCACGUGAGGGAUAUGCGAGGAAGCACUGGUGUGCCGGAUCAGGGCAGGAGAGGACAACAGCGUCGACGGCCUGGCGGCCAAGAUCCCGAGCUCAUCCGCUUGCAGAUCUUGGGUGACCCGAAUCUACGUGCAGAGGCUACCCGUCAACAGCCUCAACUUGCCGCUGCUCUCGAAGACCCCCAACGUUUUGCCCAGUUGUUCAACGAGAGCUACGACCGAGAACAGCGCGAGCGCGAGGAGAGACAGAGGGAGAUUGCACGCCUCAACGAGGACCCCUUCGAUAUUGAGGCCCAAGCUAAAAUUGAAGAGAUGAUUCGUCAAGAGAGAGUAAUGGAAAACCUGCAAAAUGCUAUGGAGCAUAACCCUGAAGUUUUCGGAAGAGUCCACAUGUUGUACGUGGAUGUCGAGGUUAAUGGUCAUAGAGUGAAGGCGUUAGUAGACUCUGGGGCGCAGGCCACAAUCAUGUCCCCGGCGUGCGCUGAAGCCUGUGGUAUCAUGCGACUCGUCGACAAGCGAUUUGCCGGAGUGGCCCGUGGCGUCGGUACGGCAAACAUCAUCGGACGUGUGCACUCUGCACAGAUCAAGGUUGGCACCAUGUUUUUGCCUUGCAGCUUCACGGUCAUGGAGGGAAAGCAGGUGGAACUUCUUCUCGGACUCGAUAUGCUCAAGCGUUACCAAGCCAGCAUUGAUCUCGCCAAGGACAAGUUGAUUAUCCAGGGCGAGGAGGUGCCUUUCUUGGGCGAAGCCGAAAUUCCGAAGGAAAGUGAAGAAGCCCUGGAAGAGGAGCCAAGGCUGCCCGGGCCUGCUGGGACGACCAUCGGUCAACGAUCUGGCGUUGUCAGUGGCCCAUCAGGUGCGGCAGCUGCACCUCAGGCUCCUACUCAGCAGGGCGGCGCAGCUCCACCGCAGUCUGCUGCCCCGAGUUUCCCCGAGGAGCAUGUUUCCCAGUUGAUGGCUUUGGGUUUUCCACGAGAGGCGGCCAUCAAUGCGCUGCAGGCCACGGGCGGUAACGUUGAGUUUGCCGCUGGUCUACUGUUUGGGGCAUAA